ACUUUUAGCUAGUUUGGACCAGGAGAGGAAGAGGCCCAGUGUCAUAAAAUUCGUGGAGAGAGAACUAGGGUUUUAGUGUAAUCUCAACAACAUUGACUCACCCAAAAAAGCUUCCUCAGAGACUCCAUCAUCUCCUCCGAGACUCCAAAUCAUGGCGGCGAACACAAUGGCGAGAUCCUUUCUUCAGGUUGCGGCUACAGAAGAGGCUGCUCCUCCUCUCAGAGUUGUUCAGAUCGAGGGACUGGUUAUUUUAAAGAUAAUCAAACACUGCAAGGAGUUUUCACCUAAUCUGGUCACCGGGCAGCUUCUUGGAUUGGAUGUUGGUAGUGUUCUUGAAGUUACUAAUUGUUUCCCGUUCCCGGCAAGGGUGGUGGAGGAGGAUGAAGAGAUUGAAGCUGAAGGUGCCAAUUACCAACUUGAGAUGAUGAGGUGUUUGAGAGAGGUGAAUGUUGACAACAACACUGUUGGAUGGUACCAAUCCACGUUGAUGGGUGCUUAUCAAACAGAUGAGGUGAUUCAAACAUUCUUGAACUACCAGGAAAAUAUCAAACGAUGUGUGUGCAUCAUUUAUGAUCCAUUGAAAUCCAAUCAGGGAGUCUUAGCACUCAAGGCAUUAAAGCUUUCUGAUUCAUUCAUGGAGCUCUACCGCAGUAACAAUUUUACAGGAGAGAAGCUGAGGGAGAAAAACCUUUCAUGGGUGGAUAUCUUUGAGGAAAUACCUAUCAAAGUUUCAAAUUCUGCACUUAUUAGUGCAUUUAUGACGGAGUUGGAAGCUGAUACACCUGUUACCCAGUGUGAUUGUGAUCGACUGCAAUUAUCAACUAGUCCAUUUCUGGAGAGGAAUGUGGAAUUUCUUAUUGAGUGCAUGGAUGAUCUGUCUGCGGACCAGCAGAAGUUCCAAUACUAUUACAGAAACCUGUCACGCCAGCAAGCCCAACAACAAGCCUGGCUUCAAAAGAGAAGGACUGAGAAUAUGGCACGGAAGGCUGCUGGAGAAGAACCCCUUCCUGAAGAGGAUCCUUCAAAUCCCAUUUUCAAGCCACUACCCGAGCCUUCACGGUUGGACAGCUAUCUGAUAACAAACCAAGUCUCAAACUACUGCAACCAAAUUAAUGGGGUUGCUGGACAGAGCUUCAGCAGAUUAUAUUUGACAAAGGCUUUGCACGAGAACUGAUGUAAUGCUGCAAUGUGAGAUCUUUCAUGUGUUUGUAGUGCUGUUAAGGACCUGUCCUCGUCAUGUUGUUUUUAUCUAUCUUAAUUCAAGUUUUACCAAAUCUGUCAAAUUUUGAGCAAAUAUCAUACAUAUACAAUUUCAAAGGCAAAUUGGUUGAAAAAUGACUUCUGCAUCUUAUAUAUGAUGUUUUGCUGAUAUGUGAAGGACUCCUUUUGAAAAGUAUCCUAUUUAGUC